AUGAUCAGCUUCAGCAGAGCAGCAGCAGAAGAAGGUGACUUGUCACUGCCGGUGGGGUUUAGAUUUCGUCCCACAGAUGAAGAGCUGGUGGACUACUAUUUGAAGAAUAAGGUGCAGGGCAUGGAUUUCCAUGCCGAAGGCAUCAUUGAUGAAAUUGAUAUCCUCAAGUUCGAGCCAUGGGAUUUAGUUGCGAAAUCGUUGAUGAAGCCGGACGAUGAGAACGGGUUCUUCUUCAGUCAACCAGAGUACACCCAAAAAAAACACACCAAGAGGAGCACCGAGGUAGGCUUUUGGAAGAUAACAGGCAGAGAACAUGAGAUCAGGACUCGAGACAGGAAAAGAACCGUCAUCGGCAAAAAGAGGAUUCUGACCUUUUACAAAGGUCAUGGUCGCAAUUCCGACAAGACCAACUGGGUCAUGCAUGAGUAUUAUAUCCCUAAAGCCCAUCCUAAUGCCAACCAGAGGGACUUCGUUCUCUGUCACUGUCACUUGAAGAAAAAUGUGAAAAAAUCAGAUGAGAUUCAUACUGAUGUUGCAACAACCUGUGAUGAAGGUGAGCCUAGUACUCACAAUGCAUCUGAUUUCGAACAUCCACCAGCACAUGAUAUUCUAGAGGAAGAUACUCAACAACCAGAAAAUCUGGACUACUUUGAGCGGAAAAAGGAUCUUUUGCUUGCAAGUUCCUGUAGCAAUAAUGAUCACAAUGCGACAUUUGCAGAUAAUGACUUGGAGUCUGAAUUGGAAGAGUCCUUAAUAACGCUCAACACAAAACCAUUCCAUGCAGGGGAGCUGAGUUUAGAAAAGCUUUAUGAACUACAACGUGAUUCGAGCCAGUCCAUACAAGAUACAGAUAUUAUGCUUCAUAACCAGUUAUCCAGACAGGCUGCUUCCUCUGUCAAUGUAGCACCCAAACCUCAGACUGAUCGAGUUCAAUUUCAGUCUGGUACAUAUCAAAGAGAACACAGACCACAACAGCAAUCAGGUCCCAUCAUUGUCUUUAGGGAUACUUCCGCCGACGAAUAUUAUACAAGGGAAAAAACACGCAGAAUAACAUAUCCACCAGAAAAGCCCAAAGAACCUGAAAAACCUAAACCUGCGCCAGAAAAGCCCAAAGAACCUGAAGAACGUAGAACUUCUGUUCAUUUGCCCCAGAAGCAGAUCUCUAUAACAAAGUCUAGCAUAGACAAGAAGGUGCCUCAAGGCAGUAUGGAGCAGACACAGAAUAGAACAACCCCCGGCAAUUGGAAGCGUUCCUUCAUUACCUGGCAAACAUUCCCAUUGAAAAGUCCCCCAUCAGUCUACAUUUUCAACACGGUUCUAGGCACAAUUUUGUUCUUGUUUUGUGUCCGGGAAGUAGUUUUAUAUGGGAAGUGGAGCUAAACUCACUCACCAGAAAAUAGUUAAUUCUUGUUCUCUAUAUUCUGUUACACAUUGAGUAAUGCCAAUCUUACUGGGUACUUAUUGUUUCGUAUAAAAAUAUGCGCUAAUCUCAGCCAUGGCGAUGGCUUUGCAAUGAUGAAAUGUUCAAAUAUGCCUAUAAAGAUUAACAGUCUUUCUUUCUACUGACCAGAUGUAAGGAUGUAUUGAGGUCUUGAAUUGUAUUGCUGGAGUUUCGAAUAUAGCAGUGUUUGCGUUA